AAAAUUCAACGAUGUGACCAACUGUUGAUGAAGAACUUCUCGCCUGUCGGUCUUAAUAUCAAUCUGCCUUGGAUAACUAAAUUUUUGGAAGUUUUUAACAUUGGAGGUUAUAAACAUUUUGCUCACGUCCUUCGAGACUUCGAAGACAUUUUCAAACGUGAAGUAGAAGAAAGAUUGCGUUCUAAAGAUGCUCUCACAAGAGAUGAUUUCAUCGGCUGCUACUUGCAAGAAAUGGAGAAUAGGAAUAAUGAUUCGAAACCACACACGUUUACAAUCGAAAACCUCCUUGGCAACUUGGUAAUUCUUUUCAUUGCCGGUAAUGAAUCAACUUAUGCCGGAGUUAUUUGGCUGUUAUUGUUAAUGACGACGUAUGAAGACGUACAAGAAAAAGUGCACCAAGAAAUAGAUGCCGUGAUAGGAAAAGAUGGCACCGUUUGUUUUGAUGACAAGAUAAAAACGCCGUAUACCCUGGCAACAAUCAUGGAGAUGGCUCGAUUUAUAUCUAUUAAUCCGAUUUAUCCACCUAGAUAUCCUCUGGCAACAUUCACUUUUCAUGGCUAUACAAUACCUCAAGGAUCUCACAUAUUGUGUAACAUCUGGUCAAUAAUGCAUAAUCCCAAGUACUUUGAAAAACCCAUGGAAUUUAAGCCUGAGAGAUUCUUGACAGAUGACGGACUAAAAGUUUUGAAACCUACUGGAUACGCACCAUUUUCUUUUGGGAAGCGCAACUGUCCGGGCGAAGUUGUAGCUAUCAUGACGAUAUAUCUCUACUUCGUUAGCAUCAUGCAGAAAUUUAAAGUAAAGACGCCUCAUGGCCUGCCAGCAGAUUUCGAUUACAUAUUUGGUGGAGCUCUUCUUCCUAGGCCUCAGAAGCUAUGUUUCAUAGAACGUUAAACGAAUUUAAUUCAGUGAGUGAAUGAUCAUAAGAAUGAAUAUCAUAGAUUUUUCUUAAUAAAUAAUCAUCUACAAGCGCCAAAA